AUGGAGAUUGUUGUACGUGAGGUUUGGCAAGACAACCUUGAACAAGAAUUCUCUGAAAUCGCACGUGCUCCCCCCCAUCAUCGUUUCGUCGCCUUGGACACUGAGUUCCCAGGCCACGUCUACCUUGCUCCCUGCCGCAGUCACUCUAAACUAUCUCUCGUUGAGAAUUACCCAUCCAUAAAGCGCAACGUUGAUUCAAUUAGGAUUAUUCAAUUAGGUUUGACUACGUGCGAUGCCAACGGGGAUUCUUACUUUGUGUGGCUGUUCAAUUUCAGGGACUUCAAUAAGGAUACUGGUCUUUUCAAUCCGGACUCAAUUGCAUUACUAGAGCGCCAGGGAAUUGACUUCUAA